AUGCAGUAUUGCCAGGUGCAAAUUGAAAUGGCGCCUUAAAUUUUGGAAAAUGCGCCAGGCGCUUACAAGUGGCGCUUUAAAAUCGUGGCCUUUACAGUGACUCAAUAAACCACAGUGGCGACAAUUGCUGCCCUCUUUUGUAUUGGUUCUUUAAAAUCCCAUAUAUUUAUAUAGAAAAUAAACAAAAAUAUGGCGACGGGGGCGUGGUUUACCUCUAGAUUCCUAUUUAAAAUUAGCAAGAAUAUGGCGAGGCUUUCCUUGGAGGUCGUGAGUUUAGAAUGGACACAUGGACAUUUGCUACAACCUUUAGAAAUAUACCCGUUGAUAAAAUUAUCGUAUCGCACCACUGGUUAUGGUGGUGCUCAUGUGCAGUGGCGCAACAUGUCACACAGCAAGAGAAUUGAACAUUGACUUAUUGCAAACGCGGUUUGAAGGUUUACAACUUCUUCCAAGAAAUGGGGAUGUUAAGUGGCCGCCUGAAUCUUGCGAUCUAACGCCACUAAGAUUUUUUUUGUGGGGUUACAUCAAAAGUGAAGCGCAUGUGAAGCGUAUGUGAAGCGUAUGUGAAUAAUCUACGACUAAUUAUAGGUGCUAGCUGACGUCACGCACAUAACCUCAAUGACACGUUUAUCCCCCUAUCGGAAGUCUCGAUAUGUCAUUGGUGACAAGCUAGUGCCUGUGUGUUAAAUAGGGCAAUCCAAACAAAAUGGUGGUCAAUGCAUGGCCAAUGCCAAAAAAUUAGCGCCAUAAAUUUAAUUCAAGCAAUCGUGACAUUUUUCAUCAAAAAACUGAUUUUUGUGUAUUUUUUGGUGCUUUUAGAUGAUUUUCUAGUGUUUGAGAGGAUAAUUUUCGUAUUCUAAGAUGGAAAGUUUUUAGUUUAAGAAAUUAUUAGUAGAAAAAAGGCAUUGGCCUCCAUUUUGAAUUCCAUUUUGACAAGCCGUUGGAUUGCCCUAUAGACCUUUUCAAACGCUUUGUUUGUCCCCCCAACGGAAGUUUAGGUUAUAUGUGUGUGACGUCCGCUAGUGCCACAGAUUGCUAGUGCCUAAUUCAAGAGUUAAAAGAUGAGAUUCGGCACAUUAUUCGUGAGAUACCUACCACCGGAAAUGUGCACAGAUGUGAUCGAAAAUUGUGUACUGUGAGAGAAGUCGCGGUGACCAUUUGUUGGAUAUUGUUUCAUGUAUAAAUUGUAAACGAUCAUCUUACUUAUUGCUAUAAAGUAUUAAAUGUUCCCUAGUUUGCUUUUCAUUUGAAUAUUUGAAUUGAAAAAACAUCCGGAAACUCUUAUUUGAACACUCAUUAGUUCUAAAGAUAAAAUCUCAACAUGCUGGUCAGCUGCAGCUGCUCACCAACACCCCGGAGGAGAAUACCUGAAGUUAUCAUUGAGAAGUUAUGAAAGAUACUGAUCAUUAUAGAACCACUUUGACUAUUAUUGAUUGAUUGCAAUUAAUUGACAAUUCAAUUAUUUGUCAAUUUUACAAUAACUAACCAUGCCUCCAAAAUUGACUCCCGAAGAAAAGAAAGCUCGCCAAGCUAACAAACGAGCCGAAAAGAAAGCCAGGCAAAUUGAGAAACGCAAACAGCUCAAACGCGAUCAGCUAGAGCGCGAACUCAAAUAUGGAGCCGUGACUCUAAGAAGACAGGAACAAAAUUGGAGGAAAAUGCUCAUCGAUAUAGCUAUGCCGGAUAUGCUCAAGGAUUUAGAGUUUGCUUGGUAUAAUUUUGAAAGGGUUGCCGAUUGCAAGGAUUUUGCUAUAUCCUUAUUAUUGGACGAACUCGAUAUGGCCAAACAGCAAGGGUCUUUAAAUUUGGUAACACACAUGGAACAUAUUAAUAAGCUGAUUCAAAUGUUUGAUGAUAGAAUGCACGAACUCAAUGACGAUUAUAAAAAACAGGCUGACGAGAUGCAAAACGAGCACAUGAACAAUGCCAAGCACCUUGACGUAGAAAGAAAAGAGGAAACAAAUUAUUUAAAAACGAUGCUUUACUUAUUGCAAAUGGAAAUGCGCGAAGUCAAACGUACAAGACACGCCGAGUAUUACUCGAAAUUAGAAGAGCAAUACUCGAAACACCAAACGCUGGUUCACAGAAUCCGUCACGAUUUAGAAGAAAAACAUUUACAAUUGUGGGCCAAGACGGUUAAGUUUGUCGAAGAUUACCAAGUUCAGAUAAAAGAUCGUAAACAGAUAAAUUCUAAAUUGAAAACUGUGGAUGAUAAGUUGCAAAAAUUAAUAAUAAACCAACUAGAACAUAUUCGUGCAUGUAACGAUAUUAUUCGUGGACUAGAAAUAAAAAAAAGAGAAUUGGAAAAGUUUCUAGAAAGAAAAGUGGCAGACUUGCAAUCAGAAUUUGAUUUUUUCUUCAUGGUUUUUGAUACUCUAAAAAAAAAAUUAGCCACAGAUAGAGAAAUUGACUUCCAAAAAAUCAAUUGCUUAACGUUUAACUAUAAUGAAACUAUUUCUUAUUUGGAUGAAGUAUUUAUUAAAGGAAAACAUGUUUUCCAAGCGGCUAGCGUUUGCAGAAAGCUGGAAACACUUAGCGAAAAAAUUAUGCCUUUCCCAGUAAAUUUCGUCAACGAAAUGUGCAGACCCAGUUUGACCGACAUCGAAGACUACAUGCCAUCGAUGGAUUUAUUUUGGCAAAGGGUCGGACAAGCCGAAGCCGAACGUGCAGCCGUAAACGAACAACGCGAAUAUUUAAUUUCGGAAAACGACAUUCUCAAAACGCGAAUCCACUUUUAUUGUCAAUGUUUGAAAUGCGAAGAUAAGCAACCUAUUAAAACCAGACCGGCUCUAUGUUCCACUGUCACCGAGGGUACUCAAGAAUUGAAAAAAUAUUCUAAACAAGGAAUAAUUUAUUCGCAAUUUGAAGAUGACGAGCAGAGUGAGAGUUUGAUCAGUUUUAAUGAUGAAGGGUCGCCUUUUAAUUUGAACAAGAAUAAAUAAAAAAUCAAUUAUUUUAUUAAAUAUACUAAUUUUGUGCUAAUUUUUUACCAAAAUGUAGCUUUUUUUUUGCUCUAUAGAGUCCACUGUAUACUGUAUGCGAAAAAGCUCUUACCCGUACGUCUAAUUUAUCGACUCAACGACCCAUAUGUGAGUCGUUGGACAGUGAACGAUAGUAAAAAAAAAAACUAACAGUUUAUAGAGAUGAAAAGUGGAAAAAACUGUUUGUUAUUUCUGCAAUCUCUGGAGUGUCUUUCAUUGCUCUGAUCUGAAAUCCUGGAGCUUUACACAUAUAACUUUGCGUAAACAUUUUAGGCUGGCAACCUCUCCUUGGUCAUUCUUCAUUUUGUCUUCGUUUUAACUUUUCGAUGGCUUCUUGAAUUAAUUAUUGUGUUCUGUGCUCUCGCUAUUGUUGAGAUACUUCUUCAUAAGUCUGCGGUUUUCUGUUCCUCAAUUCUUUAAACUUUCUUUAGGAUUUUUUAUGGAAGCUGAGAUGUGGACUAGAGCGCUUUCAGUUCCAGCAUGAGAAAGUAGAAAUGUCCACACAAAAUCUGUUUAAUGUGUACGGUUGUGCGGCAAAGUAUUCAUUUCUGACUUUUGCCUUUGAAAAUUAUCAACUUCAAACCUUGUGAGAAUAUAAUAUAUAUCUGGAACAACUAAAGAAAAUACAAAAUUACAUUAUUAAAAUUGUACUCAAUAUGGCAAGAUUGUAUCCUACUAGUUUACUAUACUCUGGUGAAAUUAUUAAUGUAA